GACACGCCGCCGGUGACUCGUCACUCCACGGUGGAAGAUGGCUGCGGCGGAGCGGACCCAGGUCAGGGAAGGGUUCCGGAUAUUCGUCCUCUGCGUCUUCUGGUACACGGUCAGCUCAGGAGGCAACGUCGUCAACAAAAUCAUCCUCAACAAUUUCCCCUACCCGGUGACCGUUUCGCUGUUCCACAUCAUAUCUAUAGUCGUGUUCCUGCCGCCGCUGUUGCGAGCAUGGGGAGUCCCCAAAACAGAACUGCCCAGCAGGUACUUCCGCUGGUACAUCUUACCGCUCGCUUUUGGAAAAUACUUUGCAUCUGUGUCGGCGCACUUCAGCAUAUGGAAAGUACCGGUUUCGUAUGCACACACGGUCAAGGCGACGAUGCCAAUAUGGGUGGUGCUUCUGUCCAGAAUUAUCAUGAGGGAGAAGCAAACGACCAAAGUGUACAUGUCUUUGAUCCCCAUCAUUGGUGGCGUGCUGCUAGCCACCGUCACCGAACUGUCCUUUGAUGUUUCGGGUCUCAUCAGUGCUCUGGCAGCAACGCUGUGCUUCUCCCUGCAGAACAUCUUCUCUAAAAAGGUUUUGCGGGACACGCGGAUCCAUCACCUGCGCCUGCUCAACAUCCUGGGCUUCAAUGCGGUGAUCUUCAUGCUACCCACCUGGAUUCUAGUGGACCUGUCUGUGUUUCUGGUGAACGAUGACAUGUGGGACGUGACCGGCUGGACGAGCACCCUGAUCCUCCUGCUCAUCAGCGGCUUCUGCAAUUUCGCCCAAAACGUCAUCGCCUUCAGCAUCCUCAACCUGGUCAGCCCGCUCAGCUACGCCGUCGCCAACGCCACCAAGAGAAUCAUGGUCAUCAGCAUCUCUCUGCUGAUGCUGCGCAACCCGGUCACGCUCACCAACGUGAUGGGAAUGAUGACCGCCAUUGUUGGGGUUUUCCUCUACAACAAGGCCAAGUAUGACGCCAACAGAGAGAAGAAGCUGCUGCCCAGCAGCAAGCAGGACCUCAUAUCAUACGACAACCCAGCGCUGGAGAAGUUCCAGUCGAACGGGUCAGUGCCUUACAGCAACAGCGUGGACCAGCAGCACAACUGGAACCACGUGCUCACCGACCACUUCCAGUACAGCCGGCAGACCUACACGACAAACUUCAGCGGGAACCACCAGUACGUGGUGUAGAGAGGACCUUCACUGGCAGAGACUUCCUCACUCCAACCAUGAGAGUGAAGCGCUGCUCCUCAUGCGGGAGAUGGAGUUGAGUCCUUGGUGAACGGUCGGUGACGUGGCGUCUCUCACGCCCAUCUGUCUCACUUUAUUUAUUAGAACUCGGUGGAUCGGAAAAUCUUCUUUACAGACGUUAACUACUGGACUGUGUGAGAGAUGGAGUGUUCUGCAGUAGGUCUCAGUUUUGCUUCUGCUCUCAACCAUGAAUGGUCUGCGGCUCUCUGGUCGCUCACCAUCAACUCAAAUGCAAUGCAAAUCUCAUGUUCCACUUCAAGAAAUUGUAUGUGAAAGCCUUAACACGCCUGGUUUUGGGAGGACACCUAUCUGGUCCACAGACAGAGAAAGUGGUUUCACUCCUCACAUGAGCUUGCAAAUGUAAUGAUGAAAAAAGUCUUUGAUUCACACCUUUACAGCUCUGCUUCACCCAGACUCCACAGACCACUGCAAAUAAUCCGACAUGAUUUCAGCAUCAUAUUUGCUUCCAAAUUUCAUAUGAAUUGUUGAAGGAGUCCAAAUGAAUUUAGUCUGGUUAAAAAAACAUGUUAAGAACUAUUAAAGAAAAGCAAAUGGUGCCUCGGGUUUCCGUUAGUUUGACUCAGAUCCCAUUCUGUGAAAGCAGCUGAUGUUGCGUGUGGUAUGAGCUGUAACUUCAAAAACUCUUUCGCUCAAUGUGUUGUUAACAAACUGGUUAGUUGGUUAUCUGCGUCACCAAAGCAGGACGGUUCGUGUCACACAGCAAGUUUGCACUCCAUCUGAAGACCAUCAUCGUGAGGCUGAGCUCACGGUGUUGCUCUACAAAUGCAUGAAAUCAGUGCUUUGGUUUGUGCAUUGAAUGAAAAUGUUCCUUUCAGGGGAACUUGACAACAGUCGCCACACAUUUGGUGGCAGGCGGAUCAGUGGCGACGCCUUCUUCAUCUGCACUGUUGUGAUGGGUGAAUCAAGGUUUUAUCUUGAGAUAAAAAAAAAGCAGUUGGAAUAUUAAGUGUUUACUUCUGAUUUUGUAGAGAAUUUAAUAUAUUUUCCUUCUCAUGAGCUUUUUUUAAUCUCAGGUCUCGUCAAGAAAUAUCACAUAAAAGUGCUGAAAGACUAAAGAUUCUUCUCCAGUGCAUGAGAUUCCUGUCAAAUGUUGGCGUUUCCCCGUCAGCCUCAAAUGUAGUUUUUCUCCUGAAUAAGCAGUUUGGUUUUUAAAUACUGGGAAACUGACCUCUGAUCAUUGGAAACAUGUUGAUCAAUUGAAUACAGGGGUUGGGGGGACUCUGUACCUGUAAAACGUCUACACGGUCAGUGCUCAUGUUUGUAUUCAUGUUCAUGGGCAAAUGGUUUUAGCUCCACAGGAACAUUUUCACCACACUGCUCAAACACUUUUUUUUUAAUUAAAUUUGCAUUUUUAUUGCUCCACAUGACUCCACAUGAAAGCUACUGGGAAGCGAGGUCACAUGAUGUUGGUGAGAGGCCAGAGUGUCUCCAAACAUGGAUGAAUGUAGUAUUGCACUCUGAACCCUAUUUUAGUAAAAAAAAAAAUAAUAAAAAAGUGACAAAUAGUUGCUGCAAAUAUUUCAAUAAAGAGCCAAAAACAUCCACACGGUCCAAAAAUGUAGGUUGCUGUUCUUGUUUCCAUUAAGUUUUAACAACAGGAAAUUGUAUUGAUGCUUAACAACUUUGGUUGUAACAAUACAACUUAGAUUUUUUCUUCAGGAUUGGAUCCAAACACCAGCAUCGUGGCGAGCCUCCAUCUCAAUUGUAUCCUUGAAAUGGUCUAGUUCCACACUGAAGCUCUGACACACACUGCUGUCGGGACAUUUGAACUGCGCUGGGUGAAAGGCGCUGUGAGAUUGAUGCCGAGACAUUCAGGCGUGGCAGUGAUGGUGCAUUAAUUCCUCAUAUCUGUCGGGUUCCUGCGUCACCAUCACCACAGGUGGGGAGCCCACUGAGUGCCGGUGCACUGCAGGACCCAGGCCUUCUUUUGUUGCAGGUUUUCGCUUUGUUUUUGUACAGAACAUAGUGAAGUUGUUCAGAAGCCGACUGGCUGCUGUAAAUCUGUACAAAACUGCUGUGUAAAUGCUUAAAAGAGAGGGGUCGGUUUGUUUGUAAAACGUGUUAUUUUUGUGCGUCUUUCAACCAAUUUUUACUUCAUGAGGUUUAUAGAUUUUUAUUUCCGGUGUUGGUUGUCCAGAGGUGCGGCUGGGUGCGCGGUCGUCUUCUGCUCAUGUGCGGUAAAUGCUAUUUUUAAAUGUUGGGGAGGAAAAAAAUAAAAGCAUUAUAAAUAU